AUGCUGCUGUUCAUAAAACGCUGGAAGAAAUUACCACAGGGAUCAAAGAAAAACUGGAACCAUGUGGUGGAUGCAAGGGCAGGACCUGGCUUCAAGCUGACCAAACCCAAGAAAGUUAAAAAUAUUGAUGGAAAGAAGAAAAGUAAACUGAAAAAGCUUCAUAAAUUCAAAAGACAAAAUUCAGAUGCCCACAGCACCACAUCCAGUAUGUCUCCCUCUCAGUCUCCCAGCCACAGUAAUCAGUCUGACGACGGGUCGGACAUCGAGACCAAGCAGAGGCGUCCAAACCCAUCGGGGUUCUCCUUUCUCGACCUGUCCUACUGGAAGAGGCAAAAGGUGUGCUGUGGGAUCGUCUACAAGGGGCGUUUCGGUGAGGUGAUCAUUGAUCCUCGUCUCUUCAAGCCCUGCUGUAACAAGAAGCGCCCAGCUCUGGCAUCCUCCCCGGACUCUCAGAUCUCACAAACACAUCCUUCCCCUCUUCCAGAGGACAUGAAGGAGGCAUGGUGAUCCAACUAAAACACCCUACAAACUGUCUCGUUGAGGCCCUCAUAGCUUUGUCUCCAGUGGUAGACUCUGGUAUCUUCCCUUUGUUAGAUUACUGUGUAUGAGUUCAGUUUUCCACUUGCUUUUGUAUUUUUUAUG